CCAACUUCUUUAAAGAGAAAGAGAGAGAGAGGGAGGGAGAAAGAGAGAGAGAAAGAGAGAGAGAAAGAGAGAGAAAGCUCACCUGAGCUCGUCGCCGGAACAACCGUGUGCCGUGAUCACGUUCAGCUUGCCACCACCGAUAAACGCCCUAGGCCAUCAUCGUGUUCCUCUCGUCGAGACGAAGCCGUAGACACCAACCACGCCUCAAACGGAGCCCGUACGAAGCCGCACGCACCUCCCGAAGAUUCGCCUCGGCGCGCGCGUGAAACUCACGCGCCACCGCCGUCCGCCGGAGCCACCGCGAGUUCCGGCCACGCGCCGCCGUCUCCGACCAACGUUCGCCGGAGUCGCCGUGACCGACCACCGUCCGUCCGCCGCCGAGAAGCCGCCGCCGCCUCGCCGCCGUUGCCGCCGUUGACUUUCCGAUUUGGAGUCCAUUUGAGCAGCUGGAGUUCAUAGAUACCACCUCUUAUUGUUGCUAAGAUGCCGCCAAGGAGAAGAACCACCCGUGCCCAGACCGCCAGAGCCGUUAGAGACAAUGUAGAUGAGCAUGAGCAGCCCGCAGUUCCACCACCCGCGGCUCCACCAGUUGAUCAGGAUGCAUUGAGACAGAUGGUUCAGGAUGCCGCUAGACAGGCCGCUCAGGAAGCACUUCAGCAGAUUGCCCAGGAGGCAGCCAGGCAGGCCGCUCAGGAGGCCGCCCGAGUAGCUGCUCAGGAGGUUGCUCGUCAGAUGGCUGCCGUUCAGCAGGGACCGCAGAUUCAGGUUCAGCAAGUUCCACUGGUUCAUGUCCAACAAGAUCAGCAGAUUCCAGCUCAGCAUGAUCAUCAGGAUCCCGUUCAGCAGGUUCCCCUUCCACAGGUUCCUCUGCAGCAGGGUCCAGUUCAGCAGUUUGCUCAUGGUGUUCAGGAUCUACCGCCACCACCACCGCGACCUCAUGUUUACCCGGUUUAUAAUGAGAGGUUCUACAGGCUGACAUGUCAGAUGAGAAACAUGGAGAUGGAGCAUUUUAGCGGGACAGUGGAUGCUGUAGCUGCACACGAUUGGAAGUUAGCCUUGCAGCGGAAGCUGGAGAUUAUUGAGUGUCCACCAGAGUUGUCGCUCAGAUUGACUAUGCAGUACCUUCGUGGAGAUGCUCUUAUAUGGUGGGAGGGAAUACGAUUGAGCCAUUUUGGGCCAGAGAGACUUACUUUCGCUGAUUUCAUUCGAGAGUUCGAUAGGAAAUACUUUCCGAAGGAAGCGAUGGAUAGGAAGAAGUGCGAGUUCGAGCAUGUAAGCCAGGGAGAGAUGUCUAUCAGGGAGUAUGAGGUUGUGUUCAACCAACUUCGCAGAUUUGCAGGAGUGGGCAUUUCAGAAGAAGACUUGAUUAGAAAGUUUUUGAGUGGGAUGCGAGUGGAGAUUCGUAACAGGUGUCGCGUAGUCACUUACCACCGGUUGGGAGAUUUGGUGGAGAAAGCUGCCGAGCAGGAGGCAGGCUUGGCGGAGGAGAAGGAACUCGCCAAAGCAGUUCAUGUUAAGUCUGGAAAAGCUCCAGAGUCUCAAAGGAGAGCAGGGGACCCGUCGGGAUUACCGAUAUGUCCUCGUUGCCAUCGCAGUCACAGUGGGCAGUGUAUGAGGUGUCUUACUUGCGGUAGGAUUGGACACAUUGCGAAGUUUUGUCGAGCUAGGCCAUUGGAUACGCCACCAGUCAGACAGAUUGCAGCACCAGCAGCACCAGCAGCGGCACAUGUUUGCUUUGGCUGUGGUCAGCCAGGUCACUUCAUCAGAGAUUGCCCGAGGAAGGACAAUGCGGCACUUCCACCACCACCGAAGCGUCUAGCCAUCGCUCCACGUGUGUUUGCGGUUGGAGAUCCUCAGGGAGCUGAGCCGAUAGCAGGUAUGAGUCUUUUCCAUACUUGUUUGUGUUUGGGUAUUUUGGCUCGUGGUUGUCAUGUGUAGUUAGUAAAAAUCUCGUGUAGGAUCGGUUUUAGUUGGAGGAGAGUCAGCUUAUACCUUAUUCGACACGGGAGCCUCUCAUAGUUUUGUGAGUCCGCGCUUAGUCCAGUCUUGGUCUUUUCGUGGAGUCUUUGAACCGAAGGCUAAGCAGAUCCAGACUGCCGGCACGGAGAAGUUGGGUGCAGUUGGCAUUCAUCACGAUGUACCAGUUCUACUUGGAGGAGUCGAGUUGCUCGGAGAUUUGACGGAGAUGGAGAUGAGCUCCUACGAUGUUA